AUGAGCCAAAAACGAGCUUUCAGCAGAAUUGAAGUGGAAAAGUUCGAAGCCGAGCCAUCGGUUGCGGUAGGAGCUUUUUUCAAAGGUGUGCAGGUUCCUAAGAAGACCAAGUUCGAGCUCUUCAGGUCGAAGAGUUCCCCCGAGAAUUUUCUGCUUCACGGAGAAAAUGACCGGAUCGAAUACUCAGGCAGCACGGAUGUAAACUCUAAUGACAGUAGUCAGUACCUGGUGGGCAUCUACGAUCCAGCGACUAGGACAGUGCAGCUACACAAAUCUCCCGUGAUAGCGGCCAAAGUGGCCUCAAAGUCUACCAAAGACCUUGCAGGACCUGACAUCAAGCGUACAGAACUGCGCGCUGGGGCCUUGAGAAAUGCUCUGGGCGAGGCCUUUGGUACCAAGAAGGCCAAAAAGGCAAUUGCUGACAUCGAGCGCAACAGAAUUGAUUCGGACAAAUUGGUGGAUUCGGCUGUUGAGAUCGUAGACUCAGUGAAGACUGCCUCUAAGGACUUGCCUUCGAGAGAGGCCUUGCAACAAGUCUCUUCACAAGACAGCACGACGCCCCAGGCAAAUGCGAAUGCCACCGACGUCGAGCAAAUAUAUCCAAUUCACAAUAUAAUACCGAAAAAGGAAUGGCAACAUAUUCGUGUGGGUGCCAUUCUCAAGGAAACCGACGAAGCCGCGAGGCUCGAACUGCUUCCUUUCAAGAAAUCGCCAUACGUGGCUAAAAAGUUGCCCACUUUAACUCAAUCGCAACAGAUGGCCAAACUCCAACUGCUGUAUUACUUGUCGCUAUUGCUUGGUGUAUUCGAAAACAAGAGAGUGAGCGACAAGGCCAAGUUACUCGAGAAUCUAAAUGCUCCCUCUGAGGCCCUCAUCGAUGGCAUUCUCGAGAGAUUCACUAUCUCGAGGCCGGGUCAGUAUGGCCGCUCGAAAGAGCGUGGGUUUUUUAUAGAUCCUCAAAGGGAGGAUAAACUGUUGUGUUACAUCCUAGCCAUCAUUUUGCAUUUGGAUAAUUUCAUCGUGGAGAUCUCACCAUUGGCCCAAGAGCUGGGUCUCAAGCCUUCCAAGAUUGUGAAUCUAUUCAAGAACCUUGGCGCGAUAGUCAAAGGAGCCACGGUAUCCCAGGCCGAAGCCUUUGGUAUACCAAAGAGUGCUGCUUCUACAUACAAAAUAGCCACUAUGAAGGUACCAUUCAAGGUCCCUGAAAUGGGCAGAAGAGUAAGAGCAGGUAGACGUUAG